AUGCGCCUCUCACUUGGCAAAACUGUCCAGGAGAAGGAAGAAAUUGCUAAAUUCAGCCAGUGGGUGCUUGAUGUGGGAAACGGUCAUCUACCCAAUGUGCAUCCGGACGAUACCGUUAAUGAUCCUGAUGUGAUCAUCCCGGAUAAAUUCCUGAUUCACUCAACUAGGCAGCCGAUCAAAGAUAUAGUUGAUGUUAUUUAUCCAGAUAUUUCCACAAACAUAUCAAAUACAGAAUUUUUGAAGCAAAGGUCAAUUUUGACUCCAACCAAUGCUAUUGUCAAUGACGUCAAUUCAUACAUCCUAGAUCAGUUGCUCGGUACAGUACACACCUAUUACAGCCAGGAUUCUUUGUCGGACAAUGUUCAAGCGAAUGCUGAGUUUGGAGCUGGUUUUCCGGUGGAAUAUCUCAAUUCCAUCAAUAUGCCAAGUCUGCCGAGACAUGAUUUGAAGUUAAAAAUAGGCUCCGUCAUAAUGCUGAUGAGAAAUUUGAAUCAACUCAUGGGCCUCUGUAAUGGUACAAGAAUGAUUGUUAAAAAAUGCAUGCCUAACAGCAUUCUCUGCGAAAUUUUGACCGGUUCUGAAGCUGGCUCGAUGCACAUCAUCCUGCGAAUUGAGAUGGAACCCAGCGACUCUCAGUGGCCUGUUGAAUUCAAGAGGGUUCAGUUUCCUAUGCAAUUGUGCUUUGCCAUGACAAUAAACAAAAGCCAGGGACAGUCUCUCGACAAGGUUGGUCUAUAUUUACCGAGAUCCGUUUUUACCCAUGGACAACUUUAUGUCGCCGUAUCCAGGGUCACUUCUCCCUCGGGUCUUCACAUUUUAAUUGACAGUGAUGCUGGAGGCUCUACUAACAUUACUGCCAAUGUUGUUUUUGAGGAGGUUUUCUACAAUUUACCUCAUUAG